AAGCCUAUCUCUUUCGCCGCCCGAUCCCUUCCUUACUUUCUAAAUUACUAACGCAAACCGCAGAGGCGCAGAAGCUGGAAGAGGACGAAGCCUACUGCCGAAACCGAAUCGGAAAGAGAGUGCCGACUGCUAGAACGCCGCCGGUAGAGAGACGCCGCCGGUAGAGAGACGCCGCCGCCGCUGCACCCUCCAGCUUUAUUGAAGUAUCAGCUCUCAUAGUACAUUUAUGUCCAAUAAUAUGGAGGCAAAACAGCAGAGGCUAAGAAAAUGGCUUCCAUAACACUGAAGAGAAACUACAAGUAUGUCAAGUCCCUCCAGCAGUUCUACUCCGGUGGUCCCUAUGCAGUAUCAUCAGAUGGGUCUUUCCUCGUUUGUGCUUGCGAUGAAACCAUUAAAAUCGUGGACGCUUCGAAUGCGUUGAUAAAGUCUACAAUUGAUGGUGACUCUGAGCAGAUCACAGCUCUGGCUCUUAGCCCUAACAACACCUUGCUCUUCUCUGCCGGUCACAGCCGCCUAAUUAGAGUCUGGGACCUCUCUACACUAAAAUGCCUUCGUUCCUGGAAGGCACACGAUGGACCUGUGAUGGGAUUAGCUUGUGAUGCUUCUGGUGGCCUGCUGGCAACUGCGGGUGCGGAUAGAAAAGUGCAAGUGUGGGAUGUUGAUGGGGGCUUCUGCACCCACUAUUUUAAAGGUCACAAAGGAGUUGUCACUAGCAUUAUGUUUCAUCCUGACCCAAAGCGUCUAAUUCUUUUCACAGGGAGUGAUGAUUCUACAGCUCGAGUGUGGGAUCUAACAAACAAGAAGUGUUUGGCAACGCUAGAAAAACAUCAAUCAACAAUCACAUCAUUUGCAGUAUCUUUAGAUGGAUGGACCUUAAUUAGUGCAGGGAGGGACAAGGUUGUGAAUUUGUGGAAUUUGCAUGACUUCAGGUGCCUGACUACAAUCCCAACAUCUGAGGCCCUGGAAGCUGUAUGCAUAAUCAGACCUGACUCUCCUUUCAAUGUAUGCUUUGCUUCUUCUACAGAUCAACACGCAAAGAAGAGAAGUGACAUACCAUCACUUCAUUUUAUCACCGUUGGUGAAAGAGGAGUGGUGAGGAUAUGGAAUUCCAACAGAGCUCUUUGCAUUUUUGAGCAAAAAUGCUCAGAUGUUACUGUCAGUUCUGAAAAAGAAGAAUCCCGUAGAGGAUUCAUUUCAGCACUCAUUUUGCCAACUAGUCAAGAGUUACUUUGUGUCACGGCUGAUCAGCAGUUCCUUAUAUAUUCUCCUCAAGAAUCUGAAGGUGUUUUAAGAUUAGUUCUGACAAAAAGGCUUGUUGGGUACAAUGAAGAGAUUGCAGAUAUGAAAUUCUUAGGGGAGGAUGAACAGUUCCUUGCUGUUGCCACAAGUGUUGAACAGGUUCGAGUGUAUGAUCUGACUUCAAUGUCAUGCACCUAUGUGUUAACUGGUCACACUGAAAUUGUAUUGUGCCUAGAUACUUGCACAUCAACUUCGGGAAGGACACUAGUUGUUACAGGGAGCAAGGACAACAGUGUUAGGUUGUGGGAUCCCCUGACCACACAUUGCAUUGGAAUCGGUGUUGGCCAUAUGGGAGCUGUUGGUGCCAUAGCUUUUUCAAAGAAACAUAUGAACUUUUUUGUGAGUGGUAGCAGUGACCGCACUUUGAAAGUAUGGAGUCUUGAUGGUCUCCUGGAAAACAAUGAAGUUUUUAAUUUGAAGGCAAAAGCAGUUGUUGCAGCGCAUGAUAAGGAUAUUAACUCUUUGGCAGUUGCACCAAAUGACAGUCUUGUUUGCAGUGGUUCCCAGGACCGCACUGCUUGUAUUUGGAGACUUCCCGAGCUAGUGUGUGUUGUCACACUCCGAGGGCAUAAAAGAGGGAUUUGGUCUGUGGAAUUUUCUCCAGUUGAUCAAUGUGUGAUUACGGCAUCUGGAGAUAAAACCAUAAAGAUAUGGGCUAUAUCCGAUGGUUCGUGUCUGAAAACAUUUGAAGGGCACACAUCAAGUGUCAUUCGAGCAUCAUUUAUUACACGUGGCACUCAGUUUGUUUCUUGCGGUGCCGAUGGUUUGGUGAAGCUUUGGACAGUAAAGACCAAUGAGUGUAUUGCCACAUAUGACCAACAUGAAGACAAGAUUUGGGCUUUAGCUAUUGGGAAGAAGACAGAAAUGCUUGCCACCGGGGGUAGUGAUGCGGUAAUCAAUUUAUGGCACGACUCCACAGCUUCAGAUAAAGAGGAUGCUUUUCGUAGAGAAGAAGAAGGUGUAUUGAGAAGUCAGGAACUAGAGAAUGCUGUGUUGGAUAAAGAUUACACUACAGCAAUCCAGAUUGCUUUCGAGCUUCGUAGGCCUCAAAAGCUGUUUGAGCUAUUCAGUGAACUCUGCAGAAAGGAAGAUCCCAAAACUCUGUUAGAAAAAGCUUUCCAUUCUUUUGGCAAGGAAGAGUUUCAGUUGCUUUUGGAGUACAUCCGAGAAUGCAAUACAAAACCAAAGUUCUGUCACAUUGCGCAGUUUGUUCUUUCUACAGUUUUUGCCAUGCUUCCACCAACAGAGAUUGUAGAGAUAAAAGGUGUUGGAGAGUUGCUUGAAGGAAUUGUGCCCUACUCACAGAGGCAUUUCAACAGGAUAGACAGGUUAGAAAGAAGCACGUACCUAUUGGACUACACACUAACUAGAAUGUCGGUCAUGGAACCCCAAGUGGAUGUUGGUAACUCAAGACAAAAGUCAGAAAUAAAAGAUGGUAUGAACAGCAUUGAAGCAGCAAAUGAAGAGAACUUAGGAGAAGGCGAUUUAACGGAGGAAGAUGCCAACCAGAAAGAGGAAAUAACCAAUGUCUCUUCUGAGAAAAAGAAAGCACACAAGUUGACAGAUAUUGAACUCUUAGCUGGUGCUAUAGCUGUGGAAGGGUCUCAUCAAGAUGAGUUGGAACUCAAAACCAAGACCUCUUCAAAGAAAAGGAAGAAAUCACAGAAGCUGAGAGACAUUGAAUCAGCAGGAUGUGAUUCGAUAGAGCAACAACCAAAUCAGGAAGAAUUGGAAAUCAAGAUUUCUUCAAAGAAAAGGAAACCACACAAUUUGAGAGACAUUGAGCCAGCAGGGGAUGAUUCCAUAGAGCAAGACCCAUGCCAGGAUGAAUCGAAAACCAAGAUCUCUUCGAGGAAAAAGAAAGGUAAAAAAAGCGUAGACUAGGAUUAAGAAAGCGUAUUUAGGGUGGACGGUAUGGUAGAGGCAAAACAAACUUGGCACUAAAUUUUUUCCAUGUGGCAUUUUGGUAUGGAGGGUAACUCCACCCCCUAUCUUUUGAUUCCUCUUUUUUGAUCCCACAUUUCUUAUUGAGUAAUAUGACUUUGAGGGAAUUUUACCCUUUGUGCUACUCUUGAUUUCAAACGCAAAAAGGUGUUUGAAAAUUGAUUUCCUUUACGCUUGGAUAAGACCUAAUUUAGG